AUGACAAAAGGGUAUUUCAUCAUAAAGUUAGUUUCAACUGAGGACAAGGAAUGUGUAUGGCAUGGUGAGACUUGGGUGAUACAGAAUCAACAACUUAGGGUUUUCAAUUUUUAUCCAAACUUUGAUCCGGAAAGACAGAAUACUACUCGUGUUACUGUUUGGGUAAGCUUCCCUGGCUUAUACAUUGAGUUAUGGACGAAGAAAAUCCUACUAUCCAUUGCUAAAAUUCUUGGGAAACCAAUUGCUAUUGAUCAAAAAACUUUGUAUCAUGAUGUUGGAAACUAUGCUGCUGUGACGAUAGAUAUUGACUUUGCUAAGAUGAUUCCUAAAAGAAUUCGUUUGAAAGCAAAUGGUAAGGAAUUCUGGCAGUAUGUUGAAAUACAAGACUUAGAGAACAUCAAGUUUUGUACUCACUAUAAGUUUAUGGGUCAUAAGUUUGAGAAUUGUCUUGCUGCUCGUAAGAUUUUAGGAAGUGCUAAUGCUGAAAAGAAAUAUUUUGUUGAAAAUGUUAAGAAUGAAAAAGAGGAUAAAACUAUCAAAUAUGCUUGGAAGGAGAGAUUUUUUUCAGAAAGGGAAGGUGUUCAGUCCGAGAAAGGGAAUGUGACAGAAGUAGCAACAACUAGUAACGUUGUUUCUAAGGCUACUCCAGUUCAAGAGUGCGCUGAGGAUAAACUGUUGAAGGAAGAGCUUAAUAACUCUUUUAUAGAAUAUCGAGAAGCACAACUCAAACUGAUCAGUUGUAAGAACGAUAUUGUUGCGAGAAAAGGUAUUGCUGCACGAACUGAAUCUUCUCCUGAAGUUAAUGUAGCUGUUACGCAAGUUCAAACCGGGAUAAAGUCAGGGUCGGUGACGUCCCUGGACAAUCAAAAUUCUAUGCUGAAUUUAGAAACUCAGCAAGCGUCCGUGGCUAAACAAAACUCUGAACAACAGCGUGAAAAUUUUGGAAAAUCUAAACAAACCUUGUCCAAGCCAUCUAUGGGUCAUAUUCAGGCCGUGACUAACUCCGAGAGUCUGAAUACAAAUCAAAUUCCUGGGUCCAUUCCAAACUCUUCAAAGCCAGGUCCAUGCCAAACUCAAUUUUGGAGAAUACUUCUGUGUCUACUUCAAAGCUAG